GCCAUAAUUACCCAAACAGACCGGUUCCAUACCUGGGAUUCAAAGGGCUAAACGGACAUUCUGCUCCCUGCAUUAACCUUCAAUUGUGCCUUUUCACAGAGCAGGAAUGACAAGAACUGCGGAUCCUGUGCGUAAUAUACUUGUGAAGCCUGCUUUUAACCAGAGCAACUUGGAGAGAGACACAAUUAAGAAAAAUGGAUUCCACAAAACUGGUCAGAACGGCACCAGCAGUGUGGACCCCAGGGCCCAGGACCCAGCUCCCAGGGACAGGGAGAGCUUUGAGCAGGCCCCUCUCCACGUCGCAGUCUUCACCUACCUGGGCUUCGGGAUCGUCACCCUGUUCGGCUACCUGAGGGACUUCCUCCGAGCCAUCGGCCUUGAGAAGUGCCACGUCGCCCAGGAGAGAGAGGAGCAAAAAGAUUUCGUCCCACUUUACCAAGACUUUGAGAACUUCUACACGCGGAAUCUGUACAUGAGAGUGCGAGAUAACUGGAACAGACCCUUAUGCAGCUUGCCUGGGCCCAUGUUCGACCUCAUGGAGCGUGUCUCAGAUGACUACAACUGGACCUUUAGGUUGACAGGCCGAACGAUAAAAGACGUGAUAAACAUGGGCUCCUACAACUACCUGGGUUUUGCUGAGAACAACGCCAGCUUCCUCAAGACUGUGGCGGACACCACAGAGGAGUACGGGGCCGGGGUCUGCAGCACUCGGCAGGAAAUGGGUAACCUGAGCCUCCACACAGAGCUGGAGGACCUGGUGGCCCAGUUCCUGGGGGCGGAGUCUGCCAUGACGUUUGGCAUGGGAUUCGCCACCAACUCCAUGAACAUCCCAGCUCUCGUGGGAAAGGGCUGUCUGAUCCUCAGUGACGAGCUGAACCACACGUCUCUCAUCCUGGGAGCCCGGCUGUCUGGUGCCACCAUCCGGGUCUUCAAACACAACAACAUGCAGAGUCUGGAGCGCAUGCUGCGGGAGGCAAUCACCUACGGCCAGCCUCGCACCCACCGGCCCUGGAGGAAGGUCCUCAUCCUGGUGGAGGGCAUCUACAGCAUGGAGGGCUCCAUCGUGCGGCUGCCCGAGAUCGUGGCUCUGAAGCAGCGCUACAAGGCCUACCUGUACCUGGACGAGGCGCACAGCAUCGGGGCGGUGGGCCGGACGGGCCGGGGCGUGACCGAGCUGCUGGGGGUGGAUCCGGCCGACGUGGACGUGCUCAUGGGCACCUUCACCAAGAGCUUCGGUGCCGCGGGGGGCUACAUCGCCGGGAAGAAGGAGCUGGUGGACUACCUGAGAGCCUACUCUCACAGUGCUGUCUACGCCAUGGCCAUGUCGCCGCCCGUGGCCAAUCAGAUCAUCCGCGCCAUUAAGUGCAUCAUCGGAUUGGAUGGCACCACAGUAGGGAUCCAGCGGGUGCGACAGCUGGCCGAGAACACCAGGUACCUGCGCCGGCGUCUGCAGGAGCUGGGCUUCAUCAUCUACGGCUCCCCAGAGUCCCCUGUGGUCCCGCUGCUGCUCUACAUGCCCGGGAAAGUCGUGGCGUUUUCGCGGGCCAUGCUGGAGAGGAAGAUCGGCGUGGUGGUGGUGGGCUUCCCGGCCACGCCCAUCGCUGAGGCCCGGGCGAGGUUCUGCGUCUCCGCCGCACACACCAGGGAAAUGCUGGACACGGUGCUGGAUGCCCUGGAUGAGGUAGGGGACUACCUGGUCCUCAAGUUCUCCCGCCGGACGCCCUCCCCGCGCCCGGAGCUCGACGACGAGACAGACUUUGAGCUGGACAGCUGACGGAGCAGCUGACGGAGCAGCUGACAGAGCAGCCCAGGGAUCAGCACACAGAGCAGCCCACAGAGCAGCUCACCUUCUGCACUGCUGCACUUAAGCUUCAGAGACACGAGGGCAGUACACUGCUCGCGUCUUCUUCGCCCGCUAAACUUACAGCAUUUAACAUAUGACUGCAGACUAGGGAUGCAAGUCUGUACAUCUGUGAAUAGUAAAUUUGAUACUUUAACAUUUUUGUAUUUAUUUUGUACCUUUUUUUUUUUUAUGAGUGUCUUGAUGUACAAUAUUAAUUGUUGGGAGUGGUGUCCUAACAACAACAAUAAAAGUAAUAAUAAUAAUAAUAAUAAUCAUAAUAAUCAUAAUAAUAUAUGAAUAUUAUGAUAUUUUGUGCCAGAGCUAAGGCAUAUUUGCACACUCAGUGCAGCUGCUGGUCUGCAUGUAAAUGUCAUCAUGCGUACAUUUUCCUGAUUCCUAAUUUUAAAAAUGAUUACCUUUUUCAGAGAUCAUGGCUGACCUUCUGUAAUCUUGCCAUUAAAAUUUAAUGUGAGGAAAAAAAAAUAAAGAAAUGAAUAGUGUCUGUGCAUAACCAUGCAAUAAACAUGGAAAACGUUUCCACAAUAAACAUAAACCCAAAAGGUUGAUUUUUA